AUGGCAGAGAUACUAAAACCGAAAAAGACCAAUCCUCGUGGGAUUCCUGAAGCGCCGUUUAUAGAAAAAGUUGAUAAUGUAAUAAAAGACCCCGACAAUGAAUUCCAGUCUGUCAUGUCUCAGUUCCAGCAAAGACUUCAGCAAUAUAAAUAUAUGGAAUUGUCAAAACAACAACAGCUAGCAGACUUGAAUAUAAAGAUACCUGAUAUUGAGAAGAAUUUGACUGUUAUUGAUCAGUUAAAGGAGUCAAAACGGGAAGCGCAAGAAUACGAAGAAGAAGAAGAUAUCGAGGAAGAAGGAAAAUCUAAGGAAUUGACAUUCAACUACGAACUCAAUGACACGUUGUAUAACCAAGCUACGGUCAAUUUGGAGAAAUUGGAUUCCGUUUAUUUGUGGUUGGGGGCUGAGGUGAUGUUGGAGUACCCACUAGAUGAGGCUAUUGAACUUUUGAAUGAGAGGUUAACCAAAAGCUAUGAGCAAAAGACAAUUAUUGAAGAAGAUUUGGAAUUUUUAAAAGAAAACAUAACUACAAUGGAAGUGAACACUGCUAGAUUAUUCAAUUGGGAUGUUGAAAGAAGAAAGAAACUUACUUCAAAAUAA